AUGUCGAUUUUUUCGUUGAGGUCUGCAAUCUCAAGGCCGACUUCUUUUUCUUCUUCGUCUUCAUAUACCUACCUAGUUAGCUCUCGCAUCUUUGGGCUUGCUAAGUCUUCUUUGUUAUGGCCAAAGAACAAUCCCCACCACACAAACACAAAGCUCAAGCAAAAGCUCCGCGUUCAAGAUUCAGCUCAAGAAAUUCCACAGGAACUAGAGGAAGAUUCAAAGUUUGUACCUUUGGAUCCUCAAGAUCCUCUAUUCGGCCCUCCAGUUUUGCUGUUGCUCGGCUUUCAGUUUCAUGAAGCACAAAAGAUACAAGAGCUUCUCAAGGAGCUCGAAGGCGAAUUCAUGAAGAUUAUGCUCUGUACACAAGAUAUGAUCCCGCGUUCGUUAUGGGAAGCAGUUAACACAAGACAGCCUGACCUGAAGAGAGUCAAAAUCGCAGAGUCUCUGCCUCGGAUAUGCUUCUUAUCUGGUCUGACAGGAGAAGAGAUGAUGAUGUUCAUUGAUGCAUUCCCAGAAACUGGGCUUGAACCAGCUGUCUUUGCAGCCAUGGUUCCAAACAGCGCUGAUAAACCAAUCUCGGAAUUGAUUGAAGAAGUCAUGGGAGAUCAUGAGUUGUUGACCAGGAGCAAUUCCAUCUGA